AUAUUUCGAGCUCGAAGCAGGGGGCGGCGCUCUCCAAGAAAACCUGGGCCCGGCUUGACUUGGUCCUCAAUCGUAGUACGGCGAAGAGUCGAGAGGCAGUGUCCAUCCGAGGUGGAAGGAGCAGCUAACCAUCCUCUAGUGUUUGCCCGUGUGAAGGCCUAACAUCGCCGCAGACAUGCCGUUCAAGGCCCCCGAGAACCCCAAAUGCCCCAAGUGCGGAAAGUCCGUGUACCACGCCGAGGCUCGGGUGGUUGGCGAUAUUUCCUUCCAUAAGGAAUGUUACAAAUGCAGUAUGUGCAACAAGAUGUUGGACUCCACCAACUCCAACUGCCACGAGAAUAUCCUGUACUGCAAGACUUGCCACGGACGGAAGUUUGGACCCAAGGGAUACGGCUUCGGAGGCGGCGCUGCUGGCCUCAGCAUGGACACUGGCGCACACCUCGAGAAGAGGAACGAAUUGGCGCCGUACAAGCCUCCUAAAGCCAAGGCCGGCGAAGGAUGCCCUCGCUGCGGAGGCAAGGUCUUCGCUGCCGAGGAGAUGCUGGCCAAGGGCAAGAGCUACCACAGGACCUGCUUCAACUGCAAGAACUGCCGCAAGCCUCUCGACUCCGUGGUUCAUUGCGAUGGUCCCGAUAAAGAUGUCUACUGUAAAGUGUGUUACGGCAAAUUGUUCGGUCCGAAAGGGUAUGGUUUCGGAGCGGGCGCCGGCACGCUGACCUGCGGCGAAGGCCUAGAGAUCUCCCCCAUCGUGCGUCCCCAUGGCAACCCAGACGCCAUUAUUCCCGCACACGAGGGUGAGAUCCCUUGUCCUCGCUGCGGCGGCCGAGUGUUCAUGGCAGAGCUCAUGAUGGCCAAAGGAAGGCCAUUCCACAAGAAGUGCUUCAAGUGCCGCCAGUGCAAGCGCCCCCUGGACUCCAUGGUGCACUGCGACGCCCCCGACGGCGAGGUCUACUGCAAGCUGUGCUACGCCAAGAAGUACGGCCCCAAGGGCUACGGCUUCGCUGCCGGCGGUGGCGGUGUGCUCACUGCCGAGAACAUUCCCGGCGGUGAAUCCAUGCCCGGUGUGAACCCUGGAUCCGCGGCGCUGGACGUGAGCAAGAUCAAGGCCGAGGAAGGCAAGGGCUGCCCUCGCUGCGGCGGCAAGGUCUUCAUGGCUGAGGAGAUCAACGCCCGCGGAAGACCUUUCCACAAGCGCUGCUACAACUGCUGUCUGUGCCACCGCCCUCUGGACUCCAUGACGGGCUGCGACGCCCCCGACAACGAGGUGUACUGCAAGCUCUGUUACGCCAAGAAGUACGGCCCCAAGGGUUAUGGCUUCGCUGCUGGCGGCGGCGGCGUCCUGGUCGCUGAGAACAUUUCUGGCGGCGAAGACGAUUCCAAGAAGAAGCGCGCCGAUCUGGGCCGCAUCGACACCUCCAAAAUCAAGGCCGAGGAGGGCAAGGGCUGCCCGCGCUGCGGCGGCAAGGUCUUCAUGGCCGAGGAGAUCCACGUCCGCAACCGCAGCUUCCACAAGCGCUGCUACAACUGCCUCCACUGCCACCGCCCGCUCGACUCCAUGACGGGCUGCGACGCCCCCGACGGCGAGAUCUACUGCAAGCUAUGCUACGCCAAGAAGUACGGCCCCAAGGGCUACGGCUUCGCCGCUGGCAGCGGUGGCGUCCUGGUCGCCGAGAACAUCCCCGGCGGUUUGUCUCAAAUGCCCGGCGUCAACCCCGCCUCGGCAGCCAUCGACACCACCUCCAUCCCCGCGGCGCCCGGCGAAGGCUGCCCUCGCUGCGGCGGCAAGGUCUUCACGGCCGAGGAGAGGCUGUCCCGCGGAAAGAAGUGGCACAAGCGCUGCUACAGCUGCCUGGACUGCACCCGCCCCCUGGAUGCCAUGGUGUUCUGCGACGGCCCUGACGGAGAGAUCUACUGCAAGCUUUGCUACGCCAAGAGGUUCGGCCCCAAGGGCUACGGUUUCGCCGCUGGUGCUGGUGGCGUCCUUGUGCCGGAGAACAUUGCCGGCGAAGACGAGAUCUUCGACCCCGAGGCUCCCCCCAUCUCCAGGGCCCCCGCCUUUACGGUGCUCGACGUGACCAAGAUCCCGGCCAAGGAAGGCCAGGCUCGCUGCCCCCGCUGCGGAGGCGCCGUGUUCCAGGCUGAAUCCAUGCCCUGCAGGGGCAAGGAAUGGCACAAACGCUGCUACAACUGCUGCGAGUGUCAUCGCCCUCUGGACUCCAUGCUGUCUUGCGACGCCCCCGACGGCGAGAUCUACUGCAAGCUGUGCUAUGCUAAGCGCCACGGACCUAAGGGUUACGGAUACGGCCAUGUGCCUGCUCUUGUCUCCAUCGGCAGUGAAGAUGGCGUGCCCAUCCCGACCGACAUCAGGCAGUUCGGUUUCGGGGCCAAGGGACCCAAGAACUGGGUGCCUCCGAUCCCUACCGUGAACAACCCCAACCAGCCCCGUGGCCCACCCCCGUCCAGCGCUCCUUCCCUCGGGGCACAGGUACAGCAUUCACUGAUCGAGCCGCCUAAGCCUAUGCCUAUCAGCGCUGGCAUGCCCGUUCCUCGUGGCUUUGACUCGGUUGGACAGCAAGGAAGUCAGCAGGUGACAACCCAGCACGUGACCAUUCAGGGCGGCAGUCAGCAGGAAACGAGCACAAAGGUCAUUACCCAGCAGUCCUCCAGCAGCAGCAGCGUUCAGGAGUUCAGGACUGUAACACGGGUAGAGCGUGUGGAGGAGAGCAGGAGCAGGAGCGCCAGCAGCAGCAGCUCCUCUACUGUAACCCGCAAGGUGGUACAGGGAGGCUUGGUUCAGGGCGAAGCUGUGCCAAUCGUCGCCGGAAUCCACAUGGAGGAGGGCGAGGCCGUGCCCAUCGUCGCCGGCGUUGUGCCCCAAGGUGAUGUAACAGAAGGCGUGGCCGACAUGUAAAGAGGAAGAUCAAGACGAGAACAUCAUUCAUUGUUGUGAAGCUCAACGAACCAGUUAGAAGCUUUUCGACGAAGCAUUUCACCACUCUAAAAGGAUUCGAAUCUUCAUUAGAUGAUCUAACUCUCUUUUAAGAGAUUUAGAUAUUAAUCUUUCAUGACAUUUAGUCUGCGAAAGAAUUCUUAAAGUCUGUAGCUCCUUUGCUCAAAGAUUGGAUUUCUGUAAACUGGUGUAUUUUGAUUUUUAAAUUUGCUUUUAUUGGUGUGAAUAACGCAACUUUGAUGUUUUAUUUCAAAGUUAUUGUGAUGUAAUAAAAAUCAUGAUAUCAGUACUUAGAUUAAGCCCUAUAGACAAGUAUGAAUAUGCUUCCCAAGGAAAUGUUAUCAUUGGAACAACCUCGACAAGAUCGGUAAUAACCUUUUCCAGCAAGCACAGAUCCAUCGUCAUAAAUCACCAUGAAAACAAGCACACUAUAAACACUAAGGUAUUCCCUCUCAACGGAAAGACACAACAUUCAUGUAAGUGGACCUAUUCCGAACCCUGUCACUGAGGGUGGACACUGUACCUCGUAUAUUGGCAGUGCACGCGCGUGUGGCACGGCCUCGUCAGCAGCAACUCACCCGCAUCGCAGAACCGAGCACGAACGGGUACGGAAGCAAAGAGUUGUAGCCAAAUUAACAUCUGUAACCAACUCGCUGCUGAUUCGUCUUCGCAAGCAGUACUUCACAGUGACCUCUAAAGGCACGGAGGGAUAUCGUAAUGUCGAACGAACGAGCGAACCGCCGGGCGAACCCUGCUCCUGCGGCUGACGUAGGAUCGAAGUGCUGGUUCACGGGUAACCUGCGACCCACUCGGCUCAGGCGCUGGCGUUCGACCCGCAGGUUGUUGCCAUGUUUAGGAAUUCCGUAGUUGUAUGAACUCUUCAUGAUUGUCUUCUCGUCCUUCGCCGGGAAAGCUUUUGUCGACGACUAUGCCGGAUCGAAGGGUUUUUGUUUUUUGUUUAUGCCAAAGCAACUCGUAGCCGAAACAUGGCGCCAAACAGAGGAAGGUUGGGAGAUCCGUUGUAGGAUUAGGUUAAAGUGACGAUCCUCCCGGUAUCCGGAGAAAUUACUUUCGCCUAUCAACGUUGUGAAAUCAUUGUACAAUAAUUCAUGCAGGGUACGAUGAAGAUAAUGAUAGUGUUUUGUUUUAUUAUUUUAUCACCAUUGCAGUUGCUUGUAGAUAGGUGUUCAGUUAUCAUUCAAUAAUCUGCAACUGAAACAAGCAAGCGUAUACAUUCAUUACUGGCAACAAGAAAUUUUUUUUAAUUUAUAAGUAAAUUAGCUGGAAUAGUAAAAUUGGAAUUAAAUUAUAAUUUAAGAUAUUUUAUUUAAUCUUGGUGAAUCACCGAUAUUUUUUCCAUUAUAAUUAGUAUAAACGAUAUUUAUUUAUCAUCAUAUCCAACGAAUUCAUACAGAUGUAUGGAGUGAGAAUUUCAACAGAAAUAUGAUAAUGGCAUAUUGUAGUAGAUUAGACUUUUUUUCGGGGGGGAGGGGGUUGGUAAGGAAUGAGUAAGGCCCGCUGUCUGUGCGGGAACGAAACUCUAAUGUUUGUAUCUUAGUUUAGUCCACGAGAGUCUGCUCCCCUUUGGAAACGAGGGGACAAGCGCUGAGAAGGGAAGCAGAUUCUUUUCCAAUCGUUAAUCGUGUUCGAUCCUUCUAUAUAUACACAUACAUAUGCAUAAAUAUAUAUUAACAUUGUAUACAGUCAUUGUUUGCCUUGUACAAGAACCUCACUAUUGUUCGAUUUUCCUUUUCGACUCUUUUUAUGUACUGACGAUGGGUCUUGUAUGAAGCAUCUAUUUUUGAUUACCCGAAGAUGUCCAAAUCUCCAGCGGACCCGCCCGCAGUCUCAUGAUACCUCAUGGCUCGUGAUCGCCUCAUGAACCUCUCAUUCUUUGUGACAAUUCACUGCCAUAUCCUGCCUUGUCGUAUGCGUAAGCUGUACUUCCUACCAUGAAGUAGCCAGAAAGCGAGCGAGAGAACGAGAGAAAGAGAGUAAGAGAGAAAGAAAGAGAGAGAGACAGAGAAGUAAUAAUAAUAAUCAAAUCGAAAAUGUAUGGCCUCUCUUGCGGGCGUUUCCUCACACAGCGACCAGCCCGCGUGGCUGUGGCGAGGGAGGCGCCCGCAUCUCAGAUCCUCAGCCCUCAUCAGACAUGCCCGCGGGUAUGUCUCAUGCAGCGCUGCCGCUUUGGAGGUCUGGACGCUUUAGGUGUUCAGUUUGAUGGUUAUUUUGAUAAUCAUUCUUGCCAUUAUUAUUCAUGUAAGGUUAUAGAUUUUAUCAAGGUCAACUGGUUAUUUCAGAUUUAAACUUUGAUCCACUUAGUCCAUUGUUACGUCGUGUUUUUUGUGUUAGAUUAGAUUUGUUGCAAAUUCAAAUCUGUUAGCAACGAAACAAGCUUUAUAUGAAGUAUCUCACACUGUGCAUUUGUUUUAAUUAAAUAUUAAAUGUUUU